GCAGUCUCCCAACCAAGAACAAUCUGAAAACCCACCCCAUAAUAUUUAAAAGCUGGGACAAAGAAGCGUCAGGACGAAGCUGCUUCCAUUGCAAAACGUCAGCGCAGCCUCCCGAGCGGUCCGCCGCCAGAGUCCGGAGCAGCCCCUUUAAAAAAGCGGAGUACAGUAUUGGGAUUUUUGAAAACUGAAACCUAGAAACAGAAUCGAAGCGGAAACCAGAAGGAAAGCCUUGAACUCCUCCAGACAAUUGCUUCCGGGGAGUUCCAGGAGCGCGAGGGGGAAUAAAGGGCCCGCGAGCAGGGCCCCUCGGAUGGCGCGUCCCUGAGGGUCCAGACGAAUUCGAGGCGCGUGGGAAGCAGAGGUCCCUACCCUCUCCCUGGGCUGCAGGUCAUGGCCACCGUGGAGCAGAAAGCCCUCGGCAUUGGCUUCAAGUGUCUCUCCUUGGCCACUUUUGUGCUCAUCUGCGCCGGGCAAGGGGGACGCAGGGAGGAAGGGGGUCCAGCCUGCUACGGGGGAUUUGACCUGUACUUCAUUUUGGACAAAUCAGGAAGUGUGCUGCACCACUGGAAUGAAAUCUAUUACUUUGUGGAACAGUUGGCUCAUAAAUUCAUCAGCCCACAGCUAAGAAUGUCUUUUAUUGUCUUCUCUACUCGAGGAACAACCCUAAUGAAGCUAACAGAAGACAGGGAACAGAUCCGUCAGGGCCUAGAAGAACUCCAGAAGGUCCUGCCGGGAGGAGACACUUACAUGCAUGAAGGAUUUGAAAGGGCCAGUGAGCAGAUUUAUUAUGAAAACAGUCAAGGAUACAGGACGGCCAGCGUCAUCAUUGCUUUGACCGAUGGGGAACUCCAUGAAGACCUCUUUUUCUAUUCAGAGAGGGAGGCUAACAGAUCCCGAGAUCUUGGUGCAAUUGUUUACUGUGUCGGUGUGAAGGAUUUCAAUGAAACACAGCUGGCCCGGAUUGCGGACAGUAAGGACCAUGUGUUUCCUGUAAAUGACGGCUUUCAGGCUCUGCAAGGCAUCAUCCACUCGAUUUUGAAGAAGUCCUGCAUCGAAAUUUUAGCAGCUGAACCAUCCACCAUAUGUGCUGGAGAAUCAUUCCAAGUGGUCGUGAGAGGAAACGGCUUCCGGCAUGCCCGAAACGUGGACAGGGUCCUCUGCAGCUUCAAGAUCAACGAGUCAGUCACGCUCAAUGAGAAGCCCUUCACUGUGGAAGAUACUUAUUUGCUGUGUCCAGCACCUAUCUUAAAAGAAGUUGGCAUGAAAGCAGCGCUUCAGGUCAGCAUGAACGAUGGUCUCUCUUUCAUCUCCAGUUCUGUCAUCAUCACCACCACACGCUGUUCGGAUGGCUCCAUCCUGGCAAUUGCCCUGCUGAUCCUGUUCCUGCUCCUGGCCCUGGCUCUCCUCUGGUGGUUCUGGCCCCUCUGCUGCACCGUGAUUAUCAAGGAGGUCCCUCCACCCCCUGCUGAGGAGAGUGAGGAAGAAGAUGACGAUGGUCUGCCCAAAAAAAAGUGGCCUACUGUAGAUGCCUCUUACUAUGGUGGGCGAGGCGUUGGAGGCAUUAAAAGGAUGGAGGUUCGCUGGGGAGAAAAGGGUUCCACAGAAGAAGGUGCUAAGUUGGAAAAAGCAAAGAAUGCAAGAGUCAAGAUGCCAGAGCAGGAGUACGAAUUCCCCGAACCUCGAAAUCUCAACAACAACAUGCGUCGGCCCUCUUCCCCCCGGAAGUGGUACUCGCCAAUCAAGGGAAAACUGGAUGCCUUGUGGGUCCUACUAAGGAAAGGAUAUGAUCGUGUGUCUGUGAUGCGUCCACAGCCAGGAGACACGGGUGGGCUCACAGUCCUAUUGUUCCUUGGUACCCACCAGGAAAUCCCUGAGCCAACAUCCAACAUCAAGUGCUAGAAGAAACCACUUAAAUAGCAGGCCAGCAACACAUCCGAUCCUACGAUGUAAAGAGUUCGCUAAGCAUUUGCUGAAACCAUCCCUCUGCUUCCAGUAUAUAGCUAUGCCAUGCUCUUUCUAAAACACAUAUGUGAACAUGACAUUCCAAGGCUUCAGACUUGCAAAGACCAGGAAAAAGCCCCCCGAAAUUGCUUGAUUUAGAAAGGCUCUCCUAAUUUUAAACAGAGAUGUAAGGGAGCUUCAGAAAUCAGGGUUCGUGGAAUCUAGUGGUUUUCAACCUGGUCGCACAUUGUGAUAACCUGAAGAGCAUUCAAACGCUGAUACUGGGAUCCCACCUCAAAGGUUCUAUUUCACUUGUCUGGGAUGAGGUCUGGACAUUUGGGAUUUUAGAAGCUCCCCAGGUGGUUCUAAUGGCAACUGGGAUGGAGAAUCAGUGAUCUGGUCCAAUUCCCUAUUUUUCAUCCAAGACUGCAUCUUCUCUUUCCUUCUCCACCAAUUUGAAGGCAACUGUCCACACUGCUCCAGAGACAGACAUAAGGGAAAUGGAUGAUUACCAUCUUCAUGGGCUUCCACCAGUCCCUUUCCUUCUAGGAAGAUGAUUAACACGGAUUCAGGCUACUAUCUUAUUGUUACUGCUUAGGGGGAAAGGAUGGAGAAAAGGAAAUAUAACUCUGCCUCACAUGUUUGGGGUUUUUUUUCCUGGACGGAAUUCAAUCAAUAUAUGGACCAGUCUAAACCCUCUCCAGUUGUUUUUACCUCAGUUUGAGCCAUCCCACUUCACGUGCUCUGGGAGGGACCCACUGGAGUUGGAUGUCUUCUUUGUUUUCAGCUCCUCGGUUUCUCCCAGAUCUGACAUCAGGAGGCCGGUACAUUCCAUGACUAUCAGCAAGAACAAAAAACUCAGGCACAUUCUGAGCUUGUUUUGCAAGGCUGGGCCUCCUUGCAAUCAGAAGAGACCCAGGAAAAGUACACACAUAAAUGUACAUAAACAACGUUUGAAACUUAUUUGAAGCUCAGCCCCAGAGGUUGUGAAAUCCUCUCCUGGAGCUCCAGCCUCAGGCUGCUGUCUGUGCAGCUGCUUCCAGUAAGGGAGCUAGGCCAGUCACAUGGGCACCAUGUCUCCCUGCUGUCGCUGAGGCCGGAGUGAGCUGGGCAGGUUAUCUCUGAGGGCAGAGAGCGUGCUCAGCCCAGUCCUUCGAAAGCAGAUGAGCCUCCCGUAACAUAAGCAAGUCAGAGAAAAGUGUCUGCAGUCCGUUUCUCUCUGUCUCUUUUCUCCAUUUUUCACAUUCCCUGUGUUGCCUCUUUCUUCUUCCCUCUUUAACUUGGCUGCCUUCCCUCAAACAUUCUUUGAUCAAACAGCUAUUAUGUUCCCACUAGGAACCCAUCAUAGGGCCGGUACUAGGGAUACCAAUUAGAACGGGACUGAAUUCUGGCUUCCUGGAGUUGAGUGUAGGACUUGGAAGAGAAGAAAGGGUCAAGCAUUGUAUCAACUGCAGAUGCUUAUAGAAGCACAAACCCAUUCAGAGCAACUUGGGGAAGGAUGUCGAUCUCUGUUUACAGAGCAGAAACUGGGGCUUAGGGUACUUUAUUAACUUUCUGGAGGGCACACUGCUAGUAAGGGGCAGAUGAGGGGCUUGAAUUCGGGACUGUCAGAGACUAGGGAUUCCUGAAGUCCUUUAUGCGUUCAACAGAUCCUUGCUGAGCACUUUCUAUGCGACUAGCACUGUGGUUGUGCUGGUUGCUCAUUUGCAGUGUCCUCGCUCUUGAAGGUCAGGGACAAUAGUCAAGUCUCCAAACGUUGCCCAUGUGAAAGGCUGUGUGAUGGAGAUGAGCAUGUGAGCUAUGAAGGAUACACCUCAUGUGGGUGUGAGGGAUACACCUAGGAAGGGCAUUUCACCAGACUGGAAUCAAAACCUACUUCUAGAAGUGACAUUUAAGCUGAGAGUGGGAGAGUUAAAAAGGGACAGUUAUCCUAGUGAGAAAGAAGCUUAAACAAGGACCCGAAGGGGUCCUUCUGGGAGACACCAAGAGCGGGGUAUGUUGGAAGACAGAGUGUUGAGGCAGUGACAGCAGGCCACGUGGGGUGCUGGUCGUGGGGGCCCACUCUGAGGACAGUGGAGAAUUACACAAGUGUUUUAAGCAGUGAAAUGAUCAGAUUUGUGUUUUAGCAAAGUCCCACUGGCUGCAGUGUGGAGAUCGUGGCAGUGAGGGAUGGUGAACAGAAGCCGUGGUGAACGAGGAGAGUCUGGAUUCCAUCCAGAAUGACUGGAUUUGGUAACCGGCUGGCUGUGGAGGAUGAGAGAGGAGGAAGUGUCAAGAAGGACCCCCAGAGUGUGUCUGAGCCAACAGUGAUGCCACCAGGAUGAGGGCGGGAAGACAAGAGCUUUGGGGCUGAAGACGAAGAAUUAGCCUCAUAACUUAGCAAGUUUGAGGCACUGUGGGAGCAUCUCCAGGCAGAGAUGGCCAGGCAUGGGGCCAGGAGGCACUCAUUCUCAGGGCCGGCACCUGCUGAGACCUGGGAAGGAGCACCUCCUUCGGGUCUGUGCCCUAGACGCCCCACCAGCCUCACGCUAGUCCCCGCCUGUGUUGGAGGCAGUUCUGCUCAGUAAGAGUUCGGAGCUGGAGGCAAAAAUUUGGGAGUCGUCAGCAUGGCAGUUGUGACCAGUGUGAGUAGAUGGGGAACUAGGGAGUGUGCGUAGACAGAGAAGAGAAAUCGGUUAAGCAGUGAACCCCAGGGCCAUGUCCUUUAAGUCAGCGUGGGGAAAGAAAAAGGGAACAAGAAGAAAACUAAGAGACCAGCCAGAGAACGAAAAGGUGCAACAGGAGAGUCUGGGGUCAUGGAAACGGAGAGAAGAAGAUACGUCACUGAGGAGGUCAGUGUCAAGUGCUAUAAAAUUUACACACAAGCUGGCACCGGUUCUUUAAUUACACAAGGUUAUGGUGACCUUGACGACCUAGGUGACUUAGGUUCGGUGGAAUGAAAGGGGCAGGAAGGAAGCUUUGUGGAAAAUGGGAGGGGAGAGCCAAAGCAGUAGCUGGGAUAGCGCUGGAGUUGAAAUGUGUUCUUCGUUUUAUUAAGAUGGGGCACUAGAGCUUGAUUAAGUGCUCAUGACAGGCCCAGAGAGGGAGAGGUUGAGGAGAAGAUGGGCUGGAGCCCUUAAAAGCAGGGCUUAGAGGACCUGGAGCCCAGGAAGUGCCACUCUUCCGUGUGAAUUAGGUAGCGGAGCCCAGGUGGGCUCUCAGGUGUGGGUGAGAGGGCAGGAAGCCUCAGCACCCAUUUGAUGACUUCUGUCUCUCCCACGAUGAUGCUAGAGGAGAGGGAUGAGUGAGGGCAGAGUUCCUGAGAAGGUCGGAUGAGGAGAGCCAGCCGUACCUUUGGAAUCCCGUCGCUCUUGUGGGUCAGCGCUUUCUUUAGUUCCAGGGUGGACGUCUCCACCGCAUGCAAGAAACAUGAGUAAUUCCGGAUGCAGUGUUACAAGCAAUUCACUUCAAAACUCCACCCCCAAGCGAACCCCCUUUCUGGUCCCUUGAACAUAUUGCUGUAGGUUUUAUUUCUCACACGCAGAAUGGAAAUAAUGACCUAGUUUAACCCACAACACUUAAAGAGCAGUGCUAACUGCUUUGGGGCUUUUUGUUUUGUUUUGGCACCGGAGGUCUCCCGCUGCUCUAAGAAGUUAAAACCGUAGGGGCGGCUGGGUGGUGCAGUCGGUUAAGCGGCCGACUUCGGCUCAGGUCAUGAUCUCACGGUCGUGAGUUCGAGCCCUGUGUCGGGCUCUGUGCUGACAGCUCAGAGCCUGGAGCCUGUUUCAGAUUCUGUGUCUCCCUCUCUCUCUGACCCUCCCCCGUUCAUGCUCUGUCUCUCUCUGUCUCAAAAAUAAAUAAACGUUAAAAAAAAAAAUUAAAAAAAAAAAGAAGUUAAAACCGUAAUACCUAACAACUACUAACAAACUAGUUUCAUACCGGUUUAUAAUCAGCUACAGUAUAAAUUACUAACGAAUGGGAUCCUUGUCGUAUAUAAAUACUGUGACGUAGCACCGUGUCCCACAGAAGAGGCAUCAAUAACUAUUCUUGAUCAGGAUCAGCUUAAAGCAGCGAUUCUGGAAUCACUCCAUUGCUUUGCCACGUACCAGCUGGGUGACCUUUUCAGCUCACUCUGCUUUUUAAGAUCACUUCCAUUUUUCUGAGGAGUUGUUUGCAGGGCACACGGUGCCUAGUAAUGCAGGCUGUGCCCCUGUCGGAGGGCCAGCCUGUGCACGGCUACACAUACAAGCUCCCCGGUACGGGCACACAUUCCACCUCAGACAGGAAGGCCUUUUCCUGAUUCAUUCAAAGGUACUGUGUGGGUGAGCGGUGGCCCCCACCAUCUGAACACAGAAAGCAAUUAAUUUCCUCCCAAGCAUUGCUUUAGAUAAACAUUGGAAGAUAUUGCUCAGUCCAGUGGUUUCUCCCAAUAUGAUCAUCCCCGGCAACAUUUUUUUUCACUAUUUCUUGUACUCACCAAAAAAGUGUUUGCUUAGUUAAUAGAGUUUUUGCCCUAUCUUAUCUUUUUUCUUUCUUCAGUUGUGAUCAUACUGCAGAUGAGUUAGUAUUGCAUUCUUUCAUUUUAUCCUAUAGGCAUAAGGGGGAAAUAAUUUUUUAAAUCACUUUGUUUCCUAAGCAAUUAAAAUAAUUUAAAACUUU